UUGAGGGAAGUAUUUGGUUCCUUUUGAUGCUAUGCUAUUCUAUAUAAACAUAAAUAACACUCAUUUAAAAUUACUUUUUAAUCAAAUCACAGCCUAAGUUUUCUGUGAUUCCUGUUGGACAUCAGCGCCAUCUGUAAGUGCAUACCUUAUCGAUUUUUAAAUGUUUAAAUUUGAAUGUUUAACUAAUCCCGUCUAAUUUCAUAAAUUAAUACAUAUGUUUAAUCUUUUCUUGCUUGAGUAACACGUAAUCAUAAAAUAUCAGUGUUUCGUAAUUUUCAAACGAAAUCAAUGCGAAAUCGACCAACGAUGAGUCAUAAGAAAUAAUUCAGAAAAUCAAUACAAACAACAACAUUAUUCUAGUGCAGUACGUAAAAUGCUACCGGAGUCGGAGGAUUUCGCCUACUUUUUCUACGAGGCAUUCAAAGUCCUGCCCGACAAUCUAAAAAAAAGCCUGGAAUGGAAGAAAACGAAGAAGAAACUCACCAAACAAUACAAGCAAAAAAAGUCGGAAAUAAUGUCGACGACCCAAAGCCAAAACCCACCCGAAAUCGAGCUGCCCUGUAAUCCGUCAGCCUUUGCAGUGUUCGCCUCCAUUCGCCUGGCGGUGCUGGACCGAUGGAUGAGGCAAGCCAGUCAAGAAUACCUGCAGAGCAGCUGCAGCAUCCCCUUCAACGAUCAAAGCGAAAUAGACAGUGACACUGAGGACAACACUCAAAGUUCCAUCUACCUACCCCUAAAAAUAUCCAAAGUUGUUGGUCUGGGGCUGAGAUCAGUGUUCGAGUUGAUUAAAGAAAGCAGAAUUUCACACCCAGUCUUGUGCACUAAAGCACUGAGUGCUUUGCUUGAUGUCUUACAAGGACAAAUCCCUGAGGGUCUUAAAUCUGAACCCAUGGAUAUUGUUGACCCACUUUUUGAUCUCCUAUUGGAUCUCACAACUUUACAUGGCCCAGAAAGUUCUGUGCCUAAUGAUGGUACUCAUUUAACAGCAAUAGCUUGUGCCUGUUUGUUGUCUCUUGUUGUGGUUCGUGGGGAUACUGGAAAGUGUUUAUCUGCUGCUGCAGCUUUGCUUAUGUGUCCUAGGGCACUUUCUGUGCAGAAUAUUCAGAUGCCAACAGUAUUAUCAUCCCUCCAAAGAAGCGUGCACGGCGUCCUUUUAGGCAAAACGGUCCGCCCUGACUGGAUAACGCAUGGCAUCCCGGUCAACACUAAACUGGACUCGUUCCAAGUCCGAAUGCCCACCGAACUCCAAACCAGCAGCCUAAUCCUAAAAUCCCUCGCUUGUGACGGACAAUUCCUUUACCUUUUCACGUCCAAAGGCUUAUUUAAAAUAGGAAGCGGCUACGGUGGCACCUUAAAAGGCCAUAUUUCUAUUUGGAAGCCGGAUUUCUAUCCUAACGACAACGGCACGUUGGUGUUUUGCAACGGCAACUUGUACUUGAAGUUGUGCGGACGAAGAGGAGGCGAGUUCUUGGUAGUGGAGAGGAGCAACCUCCUGAUUUCGGGGGCUGUCGCCCUCCACUCCAGAGAUGCGACCGCCUCGGUCGUGUUUUCCGAUGGGGAAUACCUGGGUACGAUUUCCCCAGCUAAGGAUGAUGGCUUCGUGGUCCGCCUUUUAAAUCAACACACCGCCCCAGCUUCGGUAGUCAGUGAGCUACCCCUAAAGUUAGCCAGGAAGUGUGUGGACGUGUUUGGGGUCGCCGCCUACGACGAAGAAGGCGGCACCCACACCUUAAACAUCGGCACCGAGGAAGAGGUGGCCAUGAUAUGCGCCGGCAAAGAGUUUGGCCUUGUCAAAACCGUCAACGGCAAAGUAUUGUACUGCGGCAAAGCCUCAGCUCUGGGUAUUAAACAGGUGGGCGUCAGGAACGGCAAAUGGAACGACCUACUUAUAACCAAGGCACCUAAGAUCAACCACAUCGCCAUGGGGCACGACGGACUGCAUGCCGUCCUAAUUGCUGAGGACGGCUCCGUCUUUUUUACUGGCACAGCCAAACGCGGUGAAGACGGAGACCAGAACAAAGUCAGGCGACAACCCAAACCUAUUAAGCCCAAGAAGAUGAUCAAGGUGGAGGGUCAGCAAAUUGUGUCGGCCGCCUGCAACAACGGAACCACCGCUUUGAUAAACAAAGACGGCAAACUGUUGAUGUUUGGCAAGGAUACCGCUCAUGCAGACCCCAAUACUGGCCUGAUAAAUUCCCUAAAGGACGAGUUUAUUACGCAAGUUGCCUUAGGAAAAGCCCACGCCCUGGCACUGACUAGCAAAGGCCACAUUUAUUCAUUUGGUAUUAAUAAUAAGUAUCAGUGUGGUCGAGACUUUGUUAAUCCAGUUAAAGAAGGGACGAAUACCAAUGUGGUGGCAAUGGACACGUGCGGCAUCCAGGAAGAAGGGGAGUUGUACGAGGAAUCCGAGGAGAACGACAAAGGCAAUAAUCUGGUGGAACCAGAGGAGAACAUCCUUGAACAGCAAAAGAACAUGUGCCCGUCCGGAAUGCACAUGUGGCACGACGACAUGUGCAUGAUUUGCACUGUUUGCAGGGAAUGCACCGGAUACUCCAUCAGUUGUUUGUCUUCUAUCAGUUCCGACAGGAACCCCGGAGAGGAGUGUGGGUGUGGAGAAGGAGACAGCGGCUGCUCCAUAUGCGGAUGCUGCAGGAUUUGCGCCCGGGAGGUCGUCGACAAUUCAGAACUGGCUGAUCUGGCUGGAAUGAUGAGGUUGGACUUGAUUUUCAGGGACAAAAUGCUCAUUCCCCCAAGGCAACGUACCAAACUACAAGAACAGUUACAGUCACGUUUGGAAGAGAGGAAGAACAGAAGUAGGAAGGCGUCGGCCAGUUCAAGUAAGCCCUCAGUUAAAACUAGAUGUUCCAAAACUCCAACAUCACCAUCACCAACUCAUAGAUCUAAUAAUGCAAUUAAAAAGUCUAAUAUGCUUGGAGCAGUUAAAGAACAACCAAGUUCAGACGUUGAACGAGACACCACCAGAGUUGCGAGUCUAUCUCCGGCUAAAAUACAUCUACCAUCCGAAAGUCCGGUUGUUCAAAUUGCUUGUGGACUUCACCACAGUGUUUUACUCCUGCAAAACGGCCAGGUGUACACGUUUGGUUCAAACAUGUACGGCCAACUAGGCUGCGGCGACAUUUUAACCAAGAGCAGCCUACAACUAGUUAAACUUCCAGCUCCUGCCAUCCAAAUUGCUGCAGGAAGCAACCACACGGUCGUCCUCACUUCUAAAGGAGAAGUCUACACCUUUGGCAACUACCAGAAGGGACAGUUGAGCAGAAACUCUUCCACCUUCUCACAAGACCCUCAGCCGGGGCAAAGCAGCAGUUCCCGUUACAUAAAUCCCAGAACUCCUUGGUACAGCAUUCCAGGUUGCAUACCUAAUAUUGGAGCAGUACACGGCAGGAGAGCCACUUGGGUCGGCGCUUCCGGUGAUCAAACUUUCCUCAAGAUCGACGAGAGCCUCAUAAACUCAGUGUCCAUCGCCAAGUCCACCGUCACCGCCAACAAACAUUCCAUUGUUUUCAUCCCGAACCAAGAGGAGAACGCCCGCAACUUUAAAUGUCUGGUGAUCAAUAAAAAGGAUGGUAACUGCAACUUCUUCAAGGGCAAAGACCAAAUGGACUUCUACAACAGUAUAGUAUGCAUGGAUCCAAUUUACAACGUGAUCUGGUCUUUCAACUCCUUAACACUGGAGUUGUCGUGCUUCAACGUGAUCUUCUCCGAGUUGCAAGUCAAAAAUGUGAUCAAGACUGCCUCAAACAAAUACUUAACUAACGUCAAAACUUUAUCCAGUGGCCACUCAGAAGCUGACAACAAGGUGAACCUCACCGCAGUUUUGUCCCCGGAGUUAGCCCUGCCUGUUCUGACCAACUGUCACAUUACGAGGUUUCAAGCGGCCAUAAAUUUGUUGUGUUGUUUGGACACGUUGACGAUGGCUCACGAGUGCCAAAUCACCGCCGUGUCUGAAGACAUAAGUGAUAUGCAGUUGGUGUCGGGGAAACAGUACUCCAAAGAGGACUUCCAGGCGAUAAAUCGUUUUGAGAGCCACGGCGGAGGCUGGGGUUACUCGGGCCACAGCAUCGAAGCUAUACGUUUUAUGUCGGACACUGACAUACUGUUGGGGGGCUUCGGGUUGUUUGGUGGCAGAGGAGAGUACACAGCAAAAAUUAAACUACUGGAUAUUGGGCCUGACGGUGGUGAACAAGAGGGCGACGGUGACUUGUUGGCGGAAACGGACGAGAUCCCGUACGAAUGUGGGCCGAGACAGAAGUUUCCCAUGUUGUUUGAAGAGCCGGUCCAAUUACAAGCCCACCGAUGGUACGUUGCUUGGUGCAGAAUCAGCGGCCCCAGCAGUGAUUGCGGUUCCUCAGGCCAGACUAUGGUGACCACCGAAGACCAAGUGCUGUUCUACUUCAAGUCUUCAAAGAAAUCGAAUAAUGGCACCGAUGUAAACGCCGGUCAAAUCCCCCAGCUUCUGUACAAAAUUAUAACGCCAGAGAACAAGACCAUUCCACGCCAAAUGGAUGUUCUAGAGCCGGUUCACAUGUUGUCCAAGGAUUUCUCCAGGACUGUCACCAAGGAGUGCUUCCAAAGCUUGCUAAGCUUGUUGCAGUGGUCUUGGAACACUUUCAAGUGGGGGGUGAUAGAAGGACAGUCCAGCAAGAACAUGUACACCACCUUGGAGCUGGAAAAGUUGGUGUACAUUAGCAAGGCUUCCCUUCGAUUAAUCCGCACUUACAUCAAUGAAAUCUACCCGAACCAAGUCAACAGGAGGCUCCCCCUGGAAAACGUGCACUUAGCAGAAAGUAUUGGUGACGUAAGGCUCCUGCUGAAGCAGAUCCUUUCAGACAACAUCCCCAGUCACAUGCACAACAAAAAAACGACGAGCAAGGGCAAAAGUUUUGCCUAUAACAUGAUGAAUAGCUUAUUGGACGAGUGUCACGGCACUUUCGUCGCCUGUUACCACGCCUUCUACCCCACAUCCUAUUUAAAAUGGACCAGCCUGUGCGACCUGCUCGACGACUCCGACAAGGAGAGCAGAACGAAUAACCAGCGCCUGUUGAGCGCCGUCCUGUGUGCACUCUGCGGCCCGACGGUGCGCCUGAGAAGCACGUUCCCGCUUCUGGGGCACAACGUCAGUUCCGAGGGCUCGUUCCAUCGGGGACUCAGCCCUUCCGACAACACCGGUCUGCCGAUGAUGAGCGUCUCAGAUUCGCACCACUACCCUAUUUUGGUUGAGCAGAUGAGUUACAAAAGCCAGAUGGAGAGUAGUGGGAAUACGACGAAUUGGCAGUGGAGGGAAAUCCUGGACCAGCUCAUCAAAAUAAUCUCUGAGCCGGUCAACAAACGCCUACACAAAAACAAGAACUUACCUUUGCACAGUCUCACCAAACAUUGCUGCCAUUUACUUGCCAGAGUUGUUGCUGAGCUUGUUCACCAAUGUAGCGUCAUAGAAGACGACAUGCAAGGAACCUGCGGCAGGACCUUGCACAUGACUCCAUCAAGGUUCACAAGAACAAACCAGUCCAGAACAUGGAACACAGGAAACGGAAGUCCGGACGCAAUUUGCUUCCAAGUGGAUCGUCCAGGAAUUACUGUUGUUGGAGUUGGAAUCUACGGCGGAAUCGGCCAUUACGAAUACGAACUAGAACUUCUGGAAGACAGUUCUGUGAGCAACUCCGAAAGUCAUGCGCAUACUCACAGAUGGAAUACUUUGGAAACCAUCAGAGGCUCAUUUGGACCUGAAGAUUUUGCUCCUGAAAUCAUUGAAAUCAAGUUUGAAAGGCCUGUCCCAAUUAAAGAAAACGUCAAGUACGCCUUGAGGCUCAGAAACCACGGAGGGAGAACCAAUAAUGGUGAUGGAGGCUUGAACUUUGUUAAAGGCUCUGAUAACACCACGUUCACUUUUUCUACAUGUCCUUUGAGCUUCAACGGAACCACUUUGACUCGGGGACAAAUACCCAUAAUUUUAUAUUACAGUAAGCCAAUUGAGUGUGGACGUCCAUCAACAACAAAGCUGGAACACCAAGCUAGAAAAUCGGCCCUUUCUAUAGCAAGUAUAAUCGUCCAAAACACCUGCAAAUUAAUGAUGUUGGCUCGAGAGAAGGCUGACGAAGUACCGUCAGCUGAAAUACUCAGCAACUCCUGCAUCGUCACCACUUUACUACCUCUGGUACUCGCAUAUUUAAGUCCCUUAGCUUCGAGUGAUUCAAGGAGUUCCGUGUACAUUUUGAAUUUGAUUCAAGAUUUGCUGCCCCACGUCGCAGCUUUAAACCUUGUCAGUUCAUCCAGUAAAUCAGCUGUUUCAUCCAGCUUGUCCAACUACUUGGAUUUAGAGCACAAGGCGAACACAACAAGUAAUCAUUACACCUGGGUGCAAAGUGACCACCCCUAUAAACCUUCCACAGUUUACAACUUCAGGGUGAAGCUUCCGGAGAAUGUUAAAUGGAUGUCUAUAGAAUUUGACCCAUUGUGUGCGACAGUACAGCCGGAAGACUCGUUGCAAUUGUACGUUCCUUCCGUUGAUUACAUGAUUAAUAAGCAGGACGCCAAAGCUUUAGACUUGGAGGAUGACGACGGCUCACCCUUGCCCUACUGGCCUGUGUUACACAAAUUUAACAGCAACAUGCAAUGGCCGACUAAGUCGGUGAUACUCCCAGGUAACGAGGUGAUUUUCUCUUUGGAAACAGCUUCGGAUUACCUAAAGGACGACAGGGCCAGCUCAUACGGGUUCAAAUGUCUGGUGGUGGGGUACGAGUGGCCCAUGGAGGCUAAAUGUAACGCCCUUCAAGGGCUCAAGCACUUAGAGGCUGAACUGGCUUUUCUGGGCGGGAUGUGCGCUGCCAAUUUGAUGAAGAAGGACCUCAUGUUACCUUCGGCAGGAGAUGAGGGUGAUGUCGACAUAGAAAUGGCGGAACUGGUGACGGCUCAAACUUUUAAGCAACACUCGUCGUUGCUGUCCAAAGGAUUGUCUUUGAGCAACCCUCCGACUGUCAAUCAGGCUUUGGAUGGACUUCUUCCUUACAGUGUCCAUUCAAAUGAGCGCCUGUUCCUGCGGGACUUCGUGAACUGCGUGGCCGGAUCAAGCGGCGGAAGACUAGCCCAAUGGCUCCAACCAGGAAGUCGCGUCGACCCAGCAAAGUGUCAGGUUUUGUACUCCCGGGAAGAUCUGCGGUGCGGAUGGCCUGCCAUCAUCACCAUCGUCACCAGGGAUCAAUAUUCCGACUUGGUUCACGUACCAAACAUGAAGGUGGACGUAAAAGCUCUUCCGAUCGACAAAAUGGAACUGGGAGAGUCGGACAUUGGGAGGAAGAUGAGGCGGGUGAGCCAACAGGAUCCGUUGACUUUCGGUGGGCUUCCUCCGCCACCCCUGUAUCACGUCUACGAGCCCACCAUUAGGGAGAAAAUGUGUUUCCACUCAAUAACUGUCAUGAAACCUUAUCAAAAUUAUUCGUUUGAAGAGUUGAGGUACUUUUCUCCUCCAGUGAAGCGAUUCAGCGAAAGCAUGCUUGUUAGGCCAAACUGUGAUGGUACUUAUAGCGCCACUUGGACACCUGCUUCUGUUGGUUGCUAUUCCAUUGUUGUUAAUAUUGAUGGAUACGACAUGGAAGAGAUUUUUAAAGUGGAAGUGGUGGAACCACCACAAGGUAUGACACCACCAAAUCAAAACUUGGCCAAAAAGACCAACCAUCAACCAAACAAACUGAGAAAGUUUGUGGCCAAAAACUCCGCAGGUUUAAGAGUCAGAGCUCAUCCAUCUUUACAAAGUGAACAAAUUGGAAUAGUACACGUUAAUGGUACCAUUGCUUUUAUUGAUGAAAUCCACAACGACGAUGGGGUUUGGUUGAGGUUAUCAGCAGACACCAUCAAGCAGUACUGUAACGAUUCCUUCGUGGAAGCUUGGUGUUUGCAGUACAACCAGCACCUGGGUAAAACUUUAUUGCUACCAGUCCAAGAACCCAAAUCCAUUUUGGACCAAGUCAUCACCGACGCCAUAAUGAGGAACUCCCCUCAAAUCCACAGACCCAAAACCAACUCAUCUAAAUACCAGGUGAUAAAAUGCGGUGCGUCAGGCCACAACAUCCGCAGCCACCCCAGCUUAAAGGCACCCCCCAUUGGUAUGCUGAUUCUUGGAAACCGCAUCGGAGUCAAAGAGUACAUCGUCAACUCGGACGGUUGCUGGGUACUUUUAGACCAACCGACUAGAGACAAGUAUUGCUUCAACACCGACGGCGACGCCUGGAGUCUGGCCAUGGGACACAACAACGUUUUAUACCUCGGAAGUUUAAUUGAACAGUUAUCAGAUGGGGAUGUGCACGGUUCACCCAAACGGGGCUUCGACUUUUCCCCAAAGCCUUUGGAGUCAAACUUUUCGUUUGACUCCAAAGGCGACAGUCCAGCGGAACAGGUUUCCACCAACCCCUUCGUUUUUGGUGAGAGUUACAGGCCUGGCUCACCAAAGUUCCCCAAGAGGGAAAACACGGACGGGAACAGUGUUCCGAAGUGGUUUAAGGCAGACGACAGCAAAAGUGAACUAGAUCAUCCAAUGAAGGAAAAAAGACAGGUAUCAAAUGGAAACGGUUGCACUCCUCCGGAUACUCCAAAACAUCUACACAAAACUGGCGGCCAAUCACCAAAACUUAAAAGCAGCUUCAUUCUGAAAAAAGAGCAUCACGUAACUGAUCCUUGGGAUGUACCUUCUCAGUCCAAAAGUGGAGCUUCAAGUUCAGGAAGUAGCAGCCCUCAAAUACCUCCACCUGUCAAAAAAUUGUCUUCUGAGGAAGAAGCUAACUUAAAACAAUUGACUCAAACUGGAACUCAAACUUCUCCAGAAAACGUCAACAAUCCACCUAUAAAAGGCCACUUUUCAAUUGGUGCUUUGUGCAAAGAAGAGAAGCUGUCACCAAAGAUGGCCAGAAAAGAUCGAGUAACUGGAAAAGUGCGUCCAAAAAGAGUAAUUUCUCCGGCCAACCUGCAACACGUGCCUUCAAAGGCGAACUUCCCCAGCAGUGAGGUUGCUAAAGAAGCUAUGAGUCCUUCAGUAGCUGAGUCUUUGAGAGCCGUAUUUGCCGCCUUCCUUUGGCACGAAGGAAUAGUUCAUGAUGCCAUGGCUUGUGCGUCUUUCCUUAAGUUUCACCCGACUCUUCCGAAGCAAGGGGCUUUAGUGGUAACCCGGCAUCCAGAUCUUCCUUUAGACAAACGCAAGCACGCCCUCACCAAAGAGGAGAAGGCUCGACAGCGUCACUCUGUGGAGGUUUCCAACGCUGGUUACUACCUCCACAUCCAACCAUCAACUUUGGAGUCACUUACAAGGUCAGCCGCUAACGCUAGCGCCAAUAGAAACAGGAAGAAGAUCACUGAGGGGAUGAUAAAAGAGGAGUCUGGGGAGAGACUUUCGGAACAAACGUACCAAACCAAAUCAGUGUUGCCGCCCGCCCUUAAAUCUCUGGUGGUACUUUGGGAGGAGCUGACCGGACAAUGCUUGCAGGCGAUUUCGCAGCAGAUCAUCGAAAAUGCUGGCAACAAACAGAAGAGAGGUGACAAAAGUGAUUCAAGCAGCAGGAACGAAUCAAGAGACAAGAACUGCUCCAAUGAUAGAGAAAGCAAGAAAAGUAGGAAGAAGAAGGUGCCCUCCAGAAACUAUUUAGAAGAUAUAGGUUUGUCAAGUUACUUGCAUCCAAGUGAAGGUGACACGAUAUGCGAACUCUGCGGAGAUAGCUUCCCACACCCAGUCACCUAUCACAUGCACCAGAUGCACCCGGGUUGCGGCCACCAUGCCGGAGGCAAAGGCUACAACUCCGGAGGCAACUAUUGCUUGGGCUGGGCCGGAAACUGCGGCGAAGGCGGAACAGCCGGAAGCUCCUGGUACCUUCUGUGCGAACUGUGCCGCGACAAGUACAUGAAGUCCGUCCGUUCGACCAAACUGAAGAAGAACCGGACGAUCCACCGACGUUCGAAACACGACGACAAGUUCCUCAACUCGCCCGCCUCCCCGAACGCCAUGGAGCCGCACACCAUCAUCAAGAACAACGCGAUGUUCCUCUUGGACUUGGCUAGUUCGGCCGACACGAACAUAACGCACCAAAUACGCGCUGGGUCGGGGCUGAUGCCGUCGGUUUCUGAGAACAACUCGCCUCCGGAUGUUACGGGGCCGUUUGCUCCGGUACCGCCCUUCCAGUGUCUGCAGGCGUUGGGCGCCAAUCAGAGUUUGGAUGAACCAUCAUUUUAUGAGGAGGUCCUGAGGCAACAAAUCACACCUACAGGUUUUAACUCGGGAUUUUCUGGUUUCACCAAUUAUUCACAGAGGCCUCUCUCCGACAUUUCUGAUGAUGUUAACUUCAACAAAGGCUUAAGAUUUCAUAGAUCUGUCUCCAUGGGUACCAACGGUAUUCCUUGGUGUAAAGGUGGAAUAGAUGGAAGGGUUAUUAUGAUGAGAAAAAGGAACAACAGCAGUGGGGAAAUUGUUAAUGAAGGUGGAACUUCUCUAUUGUGUAAUCCAUCAAGUGCUCUUCAAAAAUUGGUACCCAAAAAGGACGUUGACCAAGAUGGUGGGUUAAAAACAGAAGGGAACCAGUCGGAAGUAAACUUGUUGAUGGAACGCCCAGUUAUACAGUUCCUAUUCCACAAUCACGAUUUGGAAUCGAUGCAGCUUGCCAUGAAACAUGCCCUUAGAAAAGCCAUGUGUAGAGUUUAUGCAAUGCAAGCUCUAAAUUGGUUAUUGCACUCAGUCACCCAACCCAUUUGCUUGCACGACCUGUUGUGGUGGUUCGUAACUUCCCUGACACCAAUCAACAUUGAGACUGAAAGCGAGGAAGACAAUCGGCCUUCACGUAAAGUCGAAGACCAAGACACCUAUGUUUGUGAACAUCCCCUUUCCGACCUAAAAAUAGCCGGAGAUGCGGUUCAUCCUUUGCCCAGCACCUUCCACGCCCUCCUCCAAACCAUAGCGGACAUCAUGGUGCUGUUGCCAAUCGGGUCUUCGCUACAACAAAUGGCGGUGCGGUGUUGGGGCCUCAAAUUCGAGCCGUCCGACCACUCCUUCCUCCACAGGUCGCAGGUGUUCAGCAACAUCAGCAAGAUACUCUCGAGAAGCGAAGAAAUGGAGGACUGCACCGUUUCCAUGCACGAGAGCCACCAGGUCAACAAUCCAAGCACUGUGGUGGAGUGUUUGAGGGAUUUGACGUCCUCCAUUGAAAUUAAGGCGUCAAGUCGGCAGGCUAUGGUCGGAAGCUUAACCGAUGGUUCCACAGAAACCUUCUGGGAGUCUGGGGAUGAAGACAGGAAUAAAACUAAGAGUAUUACUAUUAUUUGUCCUCAGGGUUGUCAUCCUUACAUUGUUUGUGUGCACAUUGAUAACUGUAGGGACUUAGGGAAUAAAGUAUCAAAUAUUUUGUUUUACUCAGGACUAAACACUGAUGAGCUUCUAAAGAUAAGAACCAUGGAGGUUGAAAGUAGACUAUUAGGUGGUUGGGUUAACUGUCUAAUACCCAAUGUGAACGACAGCGUCAUUCGUUUGGAGUUCAAAGGCCCAGACAAUUCGGUAAGAGUACGCCAGAUAAAGGUACUAGGAAAGCUAGAGUCAGAAAGUUUGAAAGUGGGCAAACAAUACAGUGCCCUAACCAUCCAACAAAGGAACUGCGAGUCCGAAACUUUGAGGGUUUUCCGACUGAUUACGUCACAGGUUUUCGGUAAAUUAUUGCAAGGAGAAGAAGGUUCAGUGACCAGCGACAACGGCUCCAUGAUCAACAACGAAAUGUCGGAUUUAAUGGAGGAAAAUAACGACUUGAGGGAACACAUGGUUGGAAUUUUGUUCAGCAGGAGUAAGCUGACUCAUUUACAGAAACAAGUGAUUGUCCAUAUAGUGGCAGCUAUAAGGAAGGAAACUGAACGGGUCCACGAUGAGUGGACCUCAAUGCUUUCGUCGAUGGUGUUGUCGAAUCAAAGCUUGGAGAUUAGCAAAAGCUCCGACACUUAUUGCUUCGAAAUGUUAUCCAUGGUUUUGGCUUUGUCUGGAAGCAGCGUUGGACGAUUUUAUUUGUCGCAACAAAGUGGCUUGUUGUGUGACGUGCUCAAUUUGUUGCACACUGGAAGUGCCCGAGUGCAAAGACAAGUGACAUCACUGUUGAGGAGGAUGCUGCCAGAAAUAUCACCAGAAACCUUCGCCAAAGUUACUGGUGUCACUAACUUACCACCCAAAGAUUUCAGCAUAAUUUCAGUAACCAACAAAGACUCGGAUUCUUCGAACAGUUUCAGGUCCGGCAUUUUGGAUCAACUUCUGAGCAUAAUCGCUAAAGCUCUAACUCUUCAAGUAAAAAUUAAAGGGAAAAACGGAGGUGGCUCCCAAAUGAAGGAAGUCAGUACCAUAACUUUAGCUGCGACAAUAUCCCAAAGCACUGAUUUGGGUCGCCAAUGGUGGCUAAGAGGUUACGUCAAUAGGAAAUUGGCUGAGGUCAUCAUCAGCCUCAUCAAAGACAUGGCUUUAGGGAAGUUGUCUGAAGCUUGGGCGAACGUAACAAAGGCAGCAAUAGCCGAGAACAUCUUGCACCUGACCCACCUAUCAGAGGAGGAAAGGGUACCAAGCACUUGCAUUAAAACUCCAACGUUAUGGCUGGCUUUGGCCUCACUCUGUGUCUUAGACAAAGACCACGUUGAAAGGCUAUCAUCAGGCCAGUGGAGCAACGCCGAGGGCCCAACACCCCCAAGACCGACGUGCACCAACCACGACGACGGCGAAACCAACGCCGUCAUACAGUGCAACAGUUGCGGCAACUUGUGCGCCGACUGCGACAGGUUCCUGCACUUGCACAGGAAAACCAGGAACCACCAGCGUCAGGUGUGCAAGGAAGAAGAGGAGGCCAUCAAGGUGGAGCUGCACGAAGGUUGCGGAAGGACCAAACUGUUCUGGCUUCUAGCCUUGGCUGACUCGAGAACCUUGAAGGCUUUGGUGGAGUACCGGGAUGGAGGCACGCGUACCAAAGCUGCGGGAAUAAGUGGAAUCUGUCGCUUCUGUGGGACGACCGGAAACUCCGGAAUAUUGGCUAUUGGGAACAUAUGUGCUGACCAAGAAUGUCAAGAGUAUGGUAAAACUGCCUGUCAGAAGCUACUAAAUUGUGGCCACAUGUGCGGCGGCGUAAUUGGAGAAACCACAUGUUUGCCAUGCCUCCAUGGGUGCUCCAAAAACUCCAGUUUGAAGCAAGACUCCGAUGACAUGUGCAUGAUUUGCUUCACCGAAGCUUUGUCAUGUGCCCCAGCCAUUCAAUUAAAAUGUGGGCACGUUUUCCACCUUCACUGCGCCAAAGCAGUACUGAUGAAACGCUGGGUAGGCCCAAGGAUAACCUUCUCGUUCUCCUUGUGCCCAAUUUGCAAGGUGGAAAUGGAACACGAGACUUUGGAGGAGUUUUUGGUGCCCAUCAGGGAAUUGUACACAGACGUCCACAGGAAAGCUUUAAUGAGGCUGGAGUACGAAGGAUUACAUACAGUUGAAGCUAUUGUAACGCCGGGAGCUCGUUUCUUCAACGAUCCUGCAGCUUAUGCCAUGGAUAGAUACGCUUACUAUGUCUGUUAUAAGUGUAACAAGGCGUACUAUGGUGGAGAGGCACGUUGUGACGCAGACGUAGGCGAGAACUACGACCCGACAGAACUAGUUUGUGGGGCCUGUUCGGACGUGGCACGUGCCCAAAUGUGUCCCAAGCACGGCACCGACUUCCUGGAGUACAAGUGUCGGUACUGCUGCUCCGUCGCCGUCUUCUUCUGUUUCGGUACGACCCACUUCUGUAACCCGUGCCACGACGACUUCCAGAGGGUCACCAACAUGUCCAAGGAUGAGUUGCCCGUUUGUCCUGCAGGACCCAAAGCCAGACAGUUGGAGGGUGAUGAGUGCCCGUUGCACAUAAAACAUCCACCUACCGGUGAAGAGUUCGCCCUCGGCUGUGGAAUUUGCAGAAAUGCUCACACCUUCUAGUCACCCCCCACGAUAUUAUAUUUAUAUGUGUAUACUAAAUCAAAUAAAUAUAUUCAUAGCCCUAAUGAAACAUUCCUAUACAUAUACAAAUUAAAUGGAUUAAAGCUAGAAAUUUAAAAUUUUAUAAAAAUUUACUCGUUGUCCAUUUUUCAAAUGUAACUCGGACUGUAAUAAAAUAUUUAUGUCA